AGCUUUGCAAAUACCAGCCCUGCUGAUGUCACGGAGUGUAUAAAAACUAAAAACUGUCCCCCCGUCCCUCACAACCACAGAGCAAGAGACCUCUAUCACGCCCCAGAAAGAAUCGCAGGUCCAGUGCAAUGUCCUAUCCGCCAGAAGUGAUCACCUCCCAGCAGCAGGUAUCAAUCACCAGCUACACAGUGACCAAUAGUACACAAUCCUGGAGCAGCAAUGUGUGUGACUGCUGUGACGACAUGGGCAUCUGUCUGUGUGGUACGUUUGUUCCCUGUAUCCUGUCCUGUCGAGUUGCAGAGGAUUAUGGGGAAUGCUGCCUCCUGCCCUGCCUCCCUGGCACCAUGCUCGCGAUGAGAACAGGAAUGAGAGAAAAAUACCACAUCCAGGGCUCGAUCUGUGACGACUGGGUGGUGAUGUUUUGUCUGCCUCUCUGCGGGCUGUGUCAGAUGGCGAGAGAGCAAAAGAGACACUGAGAGCCAAGACCUUCCAGGACCGGACCGGAGCGGACCAGAACCUCUUCAUCUUGUCCUUCUGUCAUUUUAUUUUCUAAAAGCUGUAUUCAAUUGUUUGUGCUUUCGAAUUAUUAUCAUUAUUUAUUCUGUUAAAAGGUGAGGGACAACAUAUUUGUAUAACCCACCUUUAUUUUUUUUAUUUAGAAAUAGAGUCAAGCCCGCGUAGCAUCACUUGUUUUAACGUCACCCACCUUUCGAAAAAUAAAAUACUGUAAUGAGACUCCAAUCAAUGCAAUAUCUAGUGCAAUGCUCCCCCUUUAUAAGGUGAGCCUUUACACAGCAACACAGGUUGUAAGGGGUCAUGGCUGUGGUUGCCAUCAGCCCCACAAUGCCAUUCCCCCAGCACGUUCAUCCUCGCUAUGAGGCAGAACGCAAAGAACACUGUUUGUGAACAAUGGGCACGACUGCAGCUGUGGGUGAAUGUGUGUUUUGCCCGGUUAUGAAGCCAGCUCACAGGAUUGUUUUGUUCAGUGCUUUUGAACAUAAGAACAUAAGAACAUAAGAAAGUUUACAAACGAGAGGAGGCCAUUCAGCCCAUCUUGCUCGUUUGGUUGUUAGUAGCUUAUUGAUCCCAGAAUCUCAUCAAGCAGCUUCUUGAAGGAUCCCAGGGUGUCAGCUUCAACAACAUUACUGGGGAGUUGGUUCCAGACCCUCACAAUUCUACGUGUAAAAAAAGUGCCUCCUAUUGAAGUGAUGUUGAUAAAGGCUUGAUUGUCUCGCGGUUGUGUGUCUAAUCCACUGCAAUGAAAUACAGUCUC